AUGAACGGCAGUCCAGCGCAAAGGAAAGGACGCGAAUUUACACCGUCAUCAUCAACAAUUGAGGAGGUUUUUAUCCAACUGGAUUACGACAACAAAACGCAUGACAAUGGCCCAGAUUUCCACGCCAACAUUCCCAACUCCGUUGCCGACGGAGAUGAUGCGUCCAGCUCGCCGUCGACUCUCCUUGCCAAAGGAAAGAUCCAGAUGCAGAACGAUGUGACUGCGCACGCGCACGGAGGAGACUCGCAGUCGGCGAGUGAGACGGAAGAGGAGCGGGAGCGUCCUAGUCGGCUCAAGGCUCGCGUGAAGAAGCUGUCUGUGAGCCUCAAUCAGCCGCCCCUCCAUGUGUGGGAAUCCGCGGAUCGGAAGACCAAAGCCCAGGUGGUGGCGGCAGCAGCUGCUGCAGCUAGUGUAUCCCUCAGUGGUGACAAGGGGAAGCAGAUCCACGCAGACAAGGCAGACGCCACACCUUUCGGAGCGGGGCGAUCGGCAGCGGCGGCAGCAGCAGCAGCAGCGUUCCAGGUGGACCCCAUGGUGCUGGAGGCGUGGGAUGCGCUGCGCGUGUCUCAGGUGCUCUUCCGCGGCCGCCCUGUGGGCACCAUCGCUGCCCUGGACCCCUCUGAAACGGCUCUUAACUACGACCAGGUGUUCGUGCGUGACUUCGUCCCCAGUGCGCUCGCAUUCCUCAUGAACGGAGAGGCGGAGAUUGUGGAGAAUUUCCUUCUCAAGACGCUGCGACUGCAGCAAUCCUGGGAGAAGCGGGUGGACGUGUUCACGCUGGGAGAGGGCGUGAUGCCAGCGUCGUUCAAGGUGCUGCACGACAGCCAUGUGAAUCAUCCCACCUGCUACCUCCUGUGCCCUCAUCCCUCACUCUAUCCCACCGCAGCAAUCCUGGGACAAGCGGGUGGACGUGUUUACCCUAGGGGAAGGUUUCAUGCCGGCGUCGUUCAAGUGGACGUGUUCACGCUGGGAGAGGGAGUCAUGCCAGCAUCGUUCAAGGUGCUGCACGACAGCCGGCGGGGCGUGGACACCAUGAUGGCUGACUUUGGGGAGAGCGCCAUUGGGCGAGUGGCGCCUGUGGAUAGCGGCUUCUGGUGGAUCAUCCUGCUGCGGGCCUAUGUGAAAGCCACUGGUGGGUGCGCUGCUGUUUUCCCGGACGCCAUUGGGCGCGUGGCGCCUGUGGAUAGCGGCUUCUGGUGGAUUAUCCUGCUGCGGGCCUAUGUCAAGGCCACUGGUGACCAGUCUCUUGCGGACUCCCCGGACUGCCAGCGUGGCAUGCGGCUCAUUCUCAGCCUGUGCCUGGCGGAUGGGUUUGACACCUUCCCCACGCUGCUGUGCGCGGAUGGAUGCUCCAUGAUCGAUCGACGCAUGGGCAUCUACGAGUACCCGAUAGAGAUGCAGGCCAUGUUCUUCAUGGCGCUUGGAGUUUACUCGCGCUGCCUGCUGCAUCCGGACCUGCCACAGUUUGAGUUUACUCAAAACUCCUUACACUCACUCCAAACACUCCGUUCCCAUCCGCAGGGCAUUUAUGGAUACCCGAUAGAGAUCCAGUCCAUGUUCUUCAUGGCGCUGCGCGUGGCGCGCUGCCUGCUGCGCCCUGACCUGCCGGAGAACAAGGAGCUGCUGGAGCGCAUUGACAAGCGCCUCAUCGCGCUCUCCUACCACAUGCGCACCUACUUCUGGCUGGAUCACGAGCAGCUGAACUCUGUGUACCGGUACAAGACAGAGGAGUAUUCCCACACCGCAGUGAACAAGUUCAACGUCAUCCCCGAGUCCAUCCCCGACUGGCUCUUUGACUUCAUGCCACUCAAGGGAGGUUACUUCAUCGGGAAUGUCUCGCCUGCACGCAUGGACUUCAGGUGGUUCGCCCUUGGGAACUGCAUGGCCAUUGUAUCCUGCAUGGCGUCACCAGAGCAGGCAGCAGCAAUCAUGGACCUGAUAGAGGAGCGCUGGGACGAGCUGGUGGGCGAGAUGCCUCUCAAGAUCGCUUACCCUGCUCUUGAGAACCAUGACUGGCGGAUCACCACUGGCUGCGACCCGAAGAACACCCGAUGGAGCUACCACAACGGUGGCUCAUGGCCAGUGCUGAUUUGGAUGCUCACUGCUGCGAGCAUCAAAGUGGGUCGCCCUCACGUGGCCCGGAGGGCCAUUGAAGUGAUUGAGAGGCGCCUUGCCAAGGACGGCUGGCCCGAGUAUUACGAUGGGAAGCUGGGAAGGUAUGUUGGGAAGCAGGCACGGAAGCAGCAGACCUGGAGCGUGGCAGGCUACCUUGUUGCCAAGAUGAUGCUAGAGGAUCCGAGCCAUCUUGGGAUUAUUGCAUUGGAGGAAGAGAAGAAGCUGCAGCAGCCUGCCCUCACACGUUCUCGAUCAUGGAAGGUGUAG